AUGGCAGGGUUCACUGGUCAGCGUUUAUCGGUUGUAGUGGUUGGUAUGGGGCAGAUGGGUCACAGCCAUGCCCUGGCUUACCACCAUAACCCAGGUUUUCAGAUUGUGGGGCUCUAUAACCGCAGUCCGGUCAGAAACCUCCCGGAUGCACUCAAGGAGUAUCCCUUUCUAUCUAGUUUCGAGGAGGCCCUCAUACUCAAGCCCAAUGUUAUGUCGAUCAACACGCAUACGGCAACUCAUGCCGAUUAUGCCGUGGCAGCAAUGGAGUCCGGAGCCCAUGUUUUUGUGGAGAAGCCUUUAGCGACAACAGUCGAAGAUGCGGAACGUGUGGUGAGGACAGCACAGCGAACGAAUCGCAAACUAGUCAUCGGUUAUAUCCUCCGGCAUCAUCCCAGCUGGAUCGAAUUCAUCCACCGCGCUCGACAGCUUGGCCCACCAUUUGUCAUGCGGAUGAACCUGAAUCAGCGCUCUAGUGGCGAUGCGUGGGCCAUUCAUAAGCGUCUCCUCCAGGAUGUGAAAAAUCCGAUCGUGGACUGCGGCGUGCAUUAUGUGGAUGUUAUGUUGCAGAUUGCGGGCAGCAAGCCGGUCCAAGUGCGUGGCAUGGGCCUUCGUCUCUGCGAGGAUAUUCUGUCAGAUGGACAGGUCAACUAUGGCCAUCUUCAGGUGCUGUUCGCCAAUGGAUCGGUUGGGUGGUAUGAAGCCGGUUGGGGUCCAAUGAUGUCGGAGACAGCGUAUUUCGUGAAAGAUGUGAUGGGCCCACGUGGCUCUGUAUCAAUUGUGAUGGACGAGAAGUAUAAGAGCAGCGAUGGUACUGGGGUCUCAGCCGAUCUGAACAGCCACACGAAGACGUCAAAUCUACGCCUGAGUACUGUUGUCGACGGCUGCCCUCGAGAUCAGGUUCUAUCGAUGGAGGGUGAGCCAGACCAUUACGAACUAUGUGCACGGGAGCAGCAGUUUCUGUUGGAUAACAUUCGUGAGGAUCGAGAUCUCACACAACAUAUGAACGAUGCCAUUCAAUCGUUAUCCAUUGUGCUUGCAGCAGAUCGCUCGAUGCGUGAAAACCGCGCAAUUGACAUCGUCUAG